AUGCACUAUUUUUUCCAGAGCAAUGAUGCUUACAGUUAUCAGGGCGGUAUUCCAGUAAGUACUGUCAACAGCGGUCAGCAGUGGGAUUUCCCGUACGCAUGGCCACCGCUUGAUCACAUGAUCAUCGAGGGGAUGCGGAAAUCCGAAGAUCCUUAUGCUCAGAAAGCGGCCUUUCAAAUGGCUCAAAAAUGGAUUCGUAAAAGCUACAACACUUUUCAAGCUACUGGCCUAAUACUGGAAAAAGUAAGAGCUUUCUUUUUGUACUCCUACGACACAUUCGCGCAUAUGCAGGUUUUCAUUUUCUACUGUAAAACUAUGGUAACUAUUCAGGAUGAAGCACUUUGCUAA